AUGUGGCGGUUAUUCCUCGGUUUCAUGCUUUUCUUCUGGCAGAACGGCUCCGGAAUUAAUGCCAUCAACUACUACAGUCCCAAGAUCUUCGAAAGUAUCGGCAUCCGGGGCAGAGAGAACCAACUUCUGAGCGGAGUCUUUGGAGUGGUCAAGACCGUGGUUACCAUUGUUUGGUUGUUGUUCCUGAUCGACAACUUAGGAAGGCGGAAGCUUCUUAUUGCCGGCGCAAUCGCGGGAUCGGUGUGCUUGUGGGUCAUCGGCGCGUAUAUCAAAAUUGUCGACCCGGAGAACAACCCUAAGUCAGAACUCGACAGCGCCGGCACCAUGGCAAUCGUUUUCUUCUAUCUCUAUACCGCGUCCUACAUUCCAAGCUGGAAUGGAACGCCUUGGGUAUUGAAUUCGGAAAUGUUUGAUCCAAAUAUGCGUUCUCUGGCUCAAGCCGUGGCCUCCGCGAGCAACUGGUUAUGGAAUUUCCUCAUUUCGCGCUUCACCCCGCAGAUGCUGAGCACAAUGCAAUACGGCACGUACUUCUUCUUUGCUAGUCUGAUGAUUCUUUCUGCCUUCUAUGUUUUCUUCCUCAUUCCGGAGACGAAGGGUGUGCCGCUCGAGCGUAUGGACCGCUUGUUCGAGGCCAAACCGGUCUGGCGCGCACAUGGCCGGAUCUUACAGCAACUGCAGGAGGACGAGGCUGAGUUCCGACGGGAGAUUGAGGACUCCAAGCUGUGUGAUGACAAGUCGAAAGAAGAAUUUGUCGAGAAGGCAUGA